AUGACCGGCGGCGGCGGCGGACAGCUGGAGGCGGCGCCGGAUGGUGGGCAGAAGAGGUACUUACUUGCUUGCUCUUUACGGCAACGCAACGAGGCUUCUUCCUCUCGGUUGGUGAAUCCACUGUGGAAUUGGAUUUGGGGUCUUGAGGUAGUCCCAAAGGUUAAGCUUUUUUUGUGGAAAUGUCUCUCGGGAGCUCUCCCAUCAUCCCAAACUCUGGUGGUACGUUCUAUUGACAUUGAUCCGAUUUGUCGUAGAUGUGGAGCCUUUGAGGAAACUGUAGAGCAUGCUCUUAGAGACUGCCCGUGGGUCUCUUUUUUCUGGGAAAGCUUGGUCCUUAGAAUCCAGCCACUUCCGCCGGAUGGGUUGAUUUCUUUGGAGGACUGGUUUGAAAGAAUCCGACAGAAUCCUCAAAAGGAAGUUCACCAAUCUUUUGCUUCUCUGCUGUGGUCUUUGUGGUACGCUCGAAAUUUGCUGGUUUUUCAAGGGAAGGUUUUAUCUCAUGAGGAGUGUGUUGGGGUGGCGCAGCGUGCUAUUUGGACUAGGAGGGUGUGUUUGGGGUGGGCUGCUGCUAAACCUGUGACUUUGUUGUGCAACCAAGUUUUGCAGCUCAAGAUCUCUUGCGAUGCUGCUUUGGAUGGAGUUGCAGGGAUGGGGUUUGGGGUUGCUAUCUCUAAUGGAGACGGUGAGAUGGAGGGUUGCCGUUAUGGUUAUAGACAGGGUGUUUUUUCUGCUUUGGAAGGGGAAGCAAUAGCUGUGUUGGAAGGUCUUUUAUUGUGCAAGGAGCGUGGUAUUUCAAGUGUUAUCCUUGAGACGGAUUGUCAAUCUUUGUUCUGGCGUCUUUCUAAAAGAGAUACGGAUUUAUCCUAUGUUGUCGACACCUAG